UCUCCAAUGUCCAUUACCAUCCUCCAAACCACCCCCGCUCUCACAAAUCACAAGCACCUGCAAAUUAAAGUUUCGUUUGAUCAGCCAUGAACAACGCCAGCUCUAGUUCUUCCACCACUCUGGGAUGCACGGCCAAGGUUGCUAGCUACAGCAACGGCCUUGGCAGGAGGAGCGGCCACUGCCGCUGCACGGUCAAGGCGGCGGCGACGACCACGGCGAGCAGGAGCACCGACUACUAUAAGGUUCUGUCGCUGGACCACUCGGUGCCCGUUGGCGAGGAAGAGGUCAAGCGUGCAUACCGGCGGCUGGCGCUGCAGUACCACCCGGACGUGUGCCCGCCGUCUCGCCGGGCCGAGUCCACGGAGCUCUUCGUCGAGCUCCGACGCGCGUACGAGACGCUCUCCGACACUAGGCAUCAAAUUCAGAGAGUAGCGAGGGGAUCGAAGAGGGAGGGGAAGAGGGAAGGGGAGAGGGAAGCUUACCGUGGCAGGUGGUGGGCGCUGGUGGAGGGGACGGUGGAGGACGGUGGCGCCGACGUCCCCGGCCUGCUACGCGCGCUCCUCUCGGCGACAGUGACCCGCGAGCGACGCCUCCUCCUCUCGGCGACGGUGUCGACUGCUCCUCCUCUCGGAGGUGAUGCCCUGCUCCUCCUUGCAGCGGCGUUCUCCUCCUCUCGGCGGCACGGGGGCGGGUGCAGGGCGGCGACGCGGUUAGCUAGCUAUGGUUCGUGA